AUGAGUACCAGGCACCCGCCUCAGCCGGCUCCCAAGUGGCCCGCUGCGAAGGACAUACUCCCGACUAUGCGACGCAUCCUGAAAGAGCAUCGGAAAGUCAGAGACAAAAUAUGCGCUGAAAUUAAGCCGUCGAAUGCUUGUUUCGACAACGCUAUUUCUCCACUGCUGGAAGUCGAGAGCCAAACGUCUGGCGAGUACUCGAUGAUCGCGUUGAUGAGCGAGGUAGCCGCGGACGCCGAGUCGCGCGAAGCCUCCGAAGCGGCCCUGAAACUAGCCGCCGAGGAAGAAGCCACGAACUAUUCUCGAACAGAUUGGCUCGCCAUCGUUGAUGCUGUCAGGAACAAGAAUGAGACUCUCACGCCGGAAGCACAGUGCUACGUGGACAGGCUAUGGCAGAGAAGCAGGCAAGCUGGCCAUGGUAUUCCGGACGAGCAUGCUGCGAAGCAGUAUGUUUCAUCACAGUCCAGCAUCAAGCGAAUGCGUCAACGAUAUAUACGCAACAUCACAGACAGCGAGGAUGGAAUCUGGAUUCCUGCCAAGGAUCUAAGCGGCGUGCCCAAGACUCUCGUGGACCGCAUCGUCACGAAGAGGUCACCCGACAAGAAAAGUGUCCUUGUCCCCUUUCGAGAACCGGAAGCCAAGCUCUACCUGCAGUACGUCCGGAAUCCAUCGGCAAGAAAGGUCUAUCAUGUCGCGAUGAGCCGGCAAUACAAGGAUAACGUGGAUCUCUUCCGGGACGUCAUCGCCGCGCGCCAUCGAAGCGCCAGCAUGCUCGGCUACAAGAACCACGCGGAAUUUAUGCUCGAGUCACGCAUGCUUAGUUCAACGAACAAAAUACAUAAAUUCUUGGAUGAGGUCGAAGAUGCGCUGCGAGAAAGGGGCAGAGCAGAGAUGGGUGCUCUAAUUGUACUGAAGGAAGGGCAUUUACGCAGCACCCCGUACCCGGACGACGACCACAACAAGAUGCCAUUGUGGGACUAUGAGUAUUACGCUCGCUUGAAAAGGGAAAGUCUCAAGAUUUGUGAAAGCCAGUAUUCAGAAUACUUCCCCUUGGAACUGGUCGUCGCAGGCCUCCUGCGGACUGUGACGGAGUGUUUGGGUCUGCGUUUCGCGCCACUAACAGCUGAAGAGAUGGUCGGCUCCAUAUGGCAUGAGGAUUUCAUGGGCUGGGCAGUGUGGGAAGAUGAUGUCACGAUCAAGAAUGAAGAGAUGUUUGUUGGAUAUCUGUACAUGGACCUGCUUUCGCGCGAGAACAAGGCCAGAGGCUCGCAGAGUCACAGCCUCCAGAGUUCAGUCGCCGGAAAAGAAGGCAUUACAGUAUACCCUAGCUCACUGAUCAGGUGCAGCUUUCCUCGGCAGCCGGAAGGUGGCUCAACUCUGCUGACACAAGACAAUAUUGUGGCGCUUUUUCAUGAAUGCGGCCAUGCUUUGCACAAUCUGCUGUCCCGUGAUAAAUACAGUCGCUUCCACGGCGGGAGCCGCGCCCCACGACAAAGUAGCAAAGUGCCCGGCUUCCUUUUUGAGAACUGGUGCUGGAUGAAAAAGACACUCCGAGACAUGAACAGACACUACGCAUAUGUAAAGCCGUAUUGUCUGGAAAGAUGGCUGGAAGAGCACCCAGGUCGCGCCGCACCACCCGUGAGACUGUCGGACGAUGACCUGGAGCGCCUCAUCAGUAGCCGCAAGGAGGGCAAGAUAUAUUGGUAUCUUUCUCAGCUGGCCCUGUCCCGCUUCGACAUGGCGGUGCAUGGCUGUCGCAGCCUAGACGACUCCCUGAAGCUCAACCCUGCUACUCUGUAUUACGACCUCAUGGAAAAAAACUGUUUCUUGUCCAGGCCAGACCCUUUCAACAUAGGACAUCCGGAAGUCGGCUUUGUGGAGCUGAUGAAUGGCAGCGACGCUGGCUUGCACACUGAACUGAGUGCCCACGUUGCAGCGAUCAACAUCUAUGAAGGGAUGUUCGCUGAGAAGCCGUUCAAUAGGGACGCUUGGGGAAAGUAUCGCUGUGAGUUUUCGGAAAUGGGAGGCAGCCAAGAUGAGGCAACUGUGGUGGAGAAGCUGUUGGGAGGGCCUCCCAAGGUCGACGUGCUUGUCAAAUGGCUGCACAAGUAA